GUCGCUGUCACUGUCAAGAGUGUCAAGUCACAGAAAAUAAAUACGCAAAACAAACUAUUUUAAAAACAAAAAAGAAUUAUUUAUGUUUGGAGCAUCGUUGAACUUUUUGCCAAAUAACCGUUGUUUAAAGUUGUUUUUUUUUUUAAGUUCACUUAACCAAAUGAAGAAAUUAUUGACUUGGCAAAACAGAGGAUUUUCAGAGCAAAUAAAAAAUCUAACCUAAAACAAUCAUGUUUUCAAAAGUGGCACUUCUUUUAGUUUUUUUCAAUACCUAUAGCGAAUGCACUGUUAGUACAAACUUAUACACACCACCACCAAUUCUGGUACAAAAAUGUUGCAAAGACAAUGAAAUUUUUAUAGGAUCAUACUGCACCCAAGUAAACGAGACCUAUCAGUGGCAUCCAUUGUUUACUUCCGAGAAAGGAUUGACUAAUAUUCAAGUAGAAUACAGUUUGGUGAUAGGUAAACCUGACUGUGGUCAUAUGCAACUAUGGCCAAUUUAUCAUUACCAAUCAUCGGCGGACAAAUUAAGAUUAUUACCCAACGGUAUACUGAGGCAUUAUUAUGACAAUCAAAUUCCUGAUGAAUUUGAAAUAGAUUAUGGUGAAGAAAAAGACAAAGUGUACCAUGAUUAUGAAUAUGGAAAAUAUUGUUUGGAUAAAAAAAUUCAUGGAAUGGAAAGUGAAUUUGCAUGGGUUUGUACUCCGGACCACAAGGAAGAUUGGACAACAAAUGAAUUUUUAAUGCACAACAUUGUAAAUCCUUUGGCUCAUGGAAUUACAAUAAUCUGCCUGUUGACAAUAGCUAUUAUUUACUUUGUGAUGCCAACUCUACGUGAUCUAGCAGGGAAUAUUAUUACAACAAUAUGCAUGUGCCUUAUUUUCAGUCAAAUUGCAGACUUAGUAAGACUUUUAACCGUUUUUAAGAGUCAUAUAAGCCUUCUGAUCGCAGAAGCAAUAUGUUAUAUUAGCCUUUUAGGUGCCUUCUUCUGGUUGAACAGUUUGGGAUAUUAUAUUUGGAAAACUUUUAAGACAAGAAAUGUAUUUUUAAGAAUCACAGAUGGUAAAAAAUACUGUUAUUAUGGAUUUUAUGCAUGGUCUUGCACAAUAAUUUUGGGAUGUUUAGCCAUGUUUGCACAUUUUACCAUGGACUAUCCUGACCUUUCUACUGUGAAUACAUACAACAAGCCAAGAGAGCAAAUUGGUUCAUUGGGUAUGAUUAUAUUUUUUGUUCCAAUUGCAUUUACUGUAUUGGCAGAUGUGUUUUUCUUUGCAACUACUAUGAAAAAAAUUAACAGAAUGCACACCUAUGGAAGGAUUCAUCAUAAAUUAAGACACAGCUUCAGAAUGUUCCUGUUACUCCUUUUAACAAUGAGUCUCUGCUGGCUGUUUUUCUUGUCUUCUUUUUCAAAAUAUGAAAGUUUAAUUAACAGUCACAUUAUAGUAAACACAUUCCUAGGACCACUUAUGUUCUAUAUUUGUGUUAUUAAUCAAAAACAUGUCUCAUAUUUAUUAAAAAAGGCAUGUUGCUAUGUGAAUUGUAUUUGUCCUUGUUGUCGUCCAGAACCAGAUAAUGAGUGGGGUGAUGAGAUGACAGCUAUGAAUAGUGAUUAUUAUGGAGGCGCUACAUCAAUGAAAUUUACACAUUAGGCUUUUUAAUCAUAUUAUUCUACGAGAAUAUUAAUUUAUUAUUUAGGCAGCUAACAUUUAGAUCUGACAGUAGAUACUUAUUACCUAACUUUUUUUUAGUAUUUUUCUGCUUUUAAUGAUUAUUGAUAAUUUUGAAGCAAAUUUAUUCCAUUUUGGCAGAAUAGGUACAUAUUUCAGUAUUCUAAGGACCAAAAGUUGAAAUUUUAAAUUAUUGCUCAAACAACAAACCUACAUUUUAGGAUAUUUAUUAUUAGAUUUUAGCAAUUAUUUUUUUGAUAUACAAUUUUUUACACCUAUGUAUGUACUUAAUUUUAUACACA